AUGCUCAUCGUGGCAUUCUUGGCAUUGUAUUGCAAUACACAAGAAAAGCAAGAGUCCAUUCAAUCUGUUAAAAAACGUAGUUGUAUUCCUAUUGGUAGACUUUGUAAUGAUGUUGCUCAGUGUUGUGGUAAUGAUGAUCCUGAAGUUGGCCAUUGUGUUUAUUGUCGUACUAGUUGGCCUUUUGGUCGUCUUCAGCGUUGUGAUUGUAAGUCUAGUGGUGCUGUUACUACAACUGGUGAUAGUAUUGUUAAUAGUGAUCGUUGUGCUGGUCAUGAUCGUCGUCUUAAUCGUUGUCGGGUUACUGUUGCUCGCUCUGGUACUUAUUGGGCUCGUGGUAAUAACAUUCUUCCCGAAAAAGACAAGAAUGCUGGGUAA